AUUUUGAAACUGACAGCCGUCGGGACUCGGAAGUUCUUCGCUUCAUAGCUCGCGCUGAUCUGUCUGAUGCCUGGAGGAUAAAAAACAUUUGCAGAUACUUACAGCAGGGCUGCCUUUCAGUCCUCAGAUGUUCACAGAAGGUCAUGGGAGGAAGCACAGGUGGAUAUGGACCUGCUGAGCUCCUAUCAGAGCUGUGUCACACUGAUGUGGACAAUCCAUUACCUGUGUGGCAGGAUGGGACCAUCAGUCCCUGUCUGAACCAGCUGCUGUUUGGGUCACUCUCACAUGCUGUUAUUGCAGUCAUCUGUGCCUGUUACAUUAGUGUGCCCAGACUUAGCCAUAUCGCAUCCUCCCUUCCCAUUGGUUUGGGCUUCAGGUCUGCAUCCGCCAUCCUGUUGGCUCUUCUUUUUGUAGCAGACUUGGUCCUUGUUUUUGAGCUCCAAGCCCCAGACAUAUACCUUGACGUCUUAGCUGAUGGAUGCGGCGUGUUGGCCUGGUUGGUCCAUUUCGGUGCACUUUUGGCCUUACAAAGAUCAAUUUACAGAAGAACUCGAGGCCCAGCUGCUCUUCCUGUGCUUGUUGUUCUUUCAAUCCCUAACCUUGCAUUCACCCUCGCUGUUUACAUCCAAGAACACGUUUACUUUGAUAUCUCAAAACCUCUUCAGGUUGCCCGGUUAGCUUUGACUGUAACCAGGGCUGUUCUGGUUCUAGUCUACCUGCUUUCCUAUACCUUCCCUUGUUACAGAACUCAAAGGGACGUCUUCUCCUGUAAUGCGGAGGAUGUGGCUCCUUUGAUUGUCUCGGAGGUGGAUGAAAGCGUUACUGUAGCAGAAGACGGAUGCAGCUGGCUAUCCAGGUUACUGUAUCUGUGGUUGAAUCCCUUGCUGAGGCGAGGCAAACGUGGAGAGCUGGAGAGGCCGUCAGACGUCUUCCACCUGCCCCAUCGACUACGUACCAAAGCGGUCGCUAUACGAUUCCAACAAUGCUGGCAGAAGUGUCUGAAAUCGAAAAGUUCGGAAAGAUCUGCGAAGUGGGAACGGCUUCUUAGAGGAAACCUACGAGACAACUCCUGGAGUGAUGCUCAGCCAGAAGGAGCAUCUGAUGGAGGAGGACAACAGGAAGUCAGGCUGUUUCAAGUGUUACACAAGGCUUUCGGUCUGCGUUACUACCUCCUGGGUGUGUUGAAGUUAGUGGCCAGUAUGCUGUCUUUUGCAGGCCCCCUGCUUUUAAGUGCACUAGUGGGUUUUAUGGAGAAAGAAGGAGCACCAGUGAGCCAGGGCAUGUGGUGUGCUGUUGGACUUUUUGCCAGUACGUUUAUUGCUGCUAUCUUGAGAAACAUCUUUGUUUAUGAAGUCUCAAAGGUUGCACUGGAGGCUCGGGCCGCCGUGAUAUCCGUCAUAUACGGUAAAGCUCUGAAGGUCAGUGCAUCCGCUCUGGCAUGCUUCAACAUGGGUGAGGUGGUCAACUUCAUGAGCACUGACACAGACCGUCUGGUGAAUUUCUUCAACAGCUUCCACGAGGUUUGGAGUCUUCCCUUCCAGUUUGUUCUCGCACUUUACCUGCUUUAUCUUCAGGUUGGCGUGGCCUUUUUGGGAGGGGUGGGUGUUGCCCUGCUGCUUGUGCCUUUGAAUAAAGUCUUGGCAUCCCGGAUUUUGGAAAACAACAAACGUAUGUUGGUGUACAAGGAUGGAAGAGUGAAGCUCAUGACAGAGAUCCUCUUCGGGAUUCGGGUCCUGAAGUACUACAGCUGGGAGGAGCACUUCUCUCAGAAGAUUGCUGAGGCUCGCAAACAAGAGCUACACCAUCUGAAAGUGCUGAAGUACCUGGAUGCUGUGUGUGUGUACACCUGGGCUGCUUUACCUGUGGUCAUCUCUAUACUCACUUUCAUCACAUAUGUCCUGCUGGGAAACAGUCUUACAGCUGCAAAGGUAUUCAGUACUCUAGCUCUAGUAGGGAUGCUCAUCUUACCACUUAAUGCUUUCCCGUGGGUGUUGAAUGGAACGCUGGAAGCUAAAGUGUCUUUGGACCGUAUUCAGCGAUUCCUUACACUACAAGACCAAGAUCUCUCUGUCUACUACAGUCAAGUGUCCCCAGAAGACCCUUCCUCUGUAGCUCAGAUGGACCGGGCAAGUUUUUCUUGGAAACAGUCAGAGGAUUCGCAUUCUGUUAGCGUAUCUGAUGGAAAAGUGGAGGACGGGUCGUCUCCCAGGAGCUUUUACCUGCAUUCACUCAACCUCAGCAUCAAAAGGGGCUCUCUGGUGGUUGUGGUGGGAAAGGUUGGCUGCGGAAAAAGCUCCCUGCUGGCUGCCAUAACAGGAGAACUUGACAGGUGUGGAGGGGAUGUGUAUGUUGAGGGGAGAGAGCAGGGAUUUGGAUUGGCUGUCCAGGAGCCGUGGAUCCAGCAUGCAACAGUGCGGGACAACAUUCUUUUCGGCAGAGAAUUUGACAGCACUUUCUAUCAGGCUGUGAUUGAUGCCUGUGCCCUUGCUGAUGAUCUCAAUGUCUUGCCUAAUGGGGAUCAGACAGAGGUUGGGGAGAAUGGGGUCACUCUGAGCGGAGGACAGAAGAGCCGGCUUGCUCUAGCUCGAGCUGUUUAUAUGGAGAAAGAAAUCUAUCUGCUGGAUGAUCCUUUAGCAGCAGUGGAUGCUGACGUUGCCCACCAUCUCAUGGAGAAAUGCAUCUUGGGAAUUCUCGAGAACAAGACCACAAUUGUUUGCACUCAUCGGGUAGAGUUUGUGAAUAAAGCGGAUGUGGUGGUGCUGAUGGACAAUGGGAAGAUUGUAAGAACAGGGACACCAAAUGAAGUUCUGUCUCUAGUUAAAUCUGUCCCUAAAGACAGCAAGAACAACAGCAAUGCUAAGGAAAAAGAUGGGUUAGGCGGAAAGGAAGAGGCGACCAAUGAGCCAGAGCCAGAGGCGGAGUUAAAUAGGCUUGGGGAGGAGCAGAAGCAAAUGGGCCAGCUUUCCUGGGCUGUAUACCGCUCCUAUUGGAGAGCAGUGGGUGGAUGCAUGGCUGUGUCAGUCUUGCUCUCCCUUUUACUAAUGCAAGCAUCUAAAAACGUGUCUGACUGGUGGCUGUCUCAUUGGAUUUCACAUAUGAAGGACAAUGUGACUCAGCUGGUGUCUCUGUCAGCUGGUCCACUUUUAACACUGACCAUAAUCCCUCCUGAAAAACUCCUAGGGUCAGAGACUUCGGGGAAUUUGAGCUCUGAACUGAAGUUUUACAUGACGGUGUAUGGAUCUCUGGCGGCUGCUAACACGCUCUUCACAGCUGCUCGUGCUUUUCUCUUCGCUUAUGGAGCGAUCUGUGCCGCUACUGUUGUUCAUAAGAGAGUGUUGUCCAGUGUGCUUAAGGCCACAAUGGCGUUUUUUGACACUACACCUCUGGGUCGCAUCCUAAAUCGAUUCUCCUCGGAUAUUUACAGUGUGGAUGACUCCCUCCCCUUUGUCUUAAACAUUCUUCUUGCAAAUGUGUUUGGGCUGCUUGGGAUGCUGGUGGUCAUGAGCUAUGGUUUGCCUUGGGUGCUACUCCCCUUGGUUCCACUGGGGGCGCUGUAUUACCAAACUCAGUGUUUCUAUCGGCACUCGUCCCGUGAGCUCAAACGACUGUGCAGUCUGACUCUCUCACCUGUUUAUUCACACUUCUCAGAGACUCUCAGUGGCCUUUCCACAGUGCGGGCCAGCGGACACACUGCAAGAUUCGAGGAGGAGAACGAGAGACGUUUAGAACAGAAUCAACGCUGUCUCUUCAACAGUAACGCUGCCAUGCAAUGGCUGGACAUUCGGCUUCAGAUGAUUGGUGUCACCGUGGUAACCGGCAUCAGUGUGAUUGCUGUUAUCCAGCAUCAGAUGAAAUCCAUCGACCCAGGUAUGGUAGGUCUGUCUCUGUCCUAUGCGCUGUCCAUCACCAACCUGCUGUCAGGCCUGAUCUUCAGCUUUGCGCAGACAGAGAUGCAGCUGGUGAGCGUAGAGCGUACCGAAGAAUAUUCCACCAACAUCCCACAGGAGCCUCAGCAAGCUAACACGGAGGUUUCAGACUUGUGGCCCGAACAUGGCCGAGUUCAGUUCGUGGGUGCUGUGUUGGCGUACCGGCCAGGCUUACCCAAUGCUCUUGAUGGAGUCAGCCUGGAAGUAUUACCUGGUGAGAGGGUCGGCAUUGUGGGUCGUACAGGCUCAGGGAAAUCCUCAUUGUUUCUCGCCCUAUUUCGCAUGGUGGAGCUGAACCAGGGUCAGAUUCUGCUGGAUGAAGUGGACAUCAGCUGUGUCAGACUUAGUCACCUGAGGUCAAAGCUGGCCAUCAUUCCUCAGGAUCCCUUCUUGUUCUCCAGCUCAGUGCGAGAGAACCUCGAUCCACACAGGCGUCAUCCAGACUACCGGCUGCUGGAUGCUCUCGAGCAGUGCCACCUGGGAGAUGUAGUACAGAGAAUUGGUGGCCUGGAUUCUGAGGUUGGAGAGAGGGGAAAGUCUCUGUCUGUGGGUCAAAGGCAGCUGCUUUGUCUUGCUCGUGCUCUGCUCACUGAGGCUAAUAUUUUAUGCAUUGAUGAGGCCACAGCCAGUGUAGACCAGAAGACCGACCUACUCCUGCAGAAAACCAUCCGAGAAAAAUUCAAGCAUAAAACCGUCCUCACCAUCGCCCACAGGCUGAAUACAAUCAUGGACUCAGACAGAGUACUGGUGAUGCAUGCUGGGAAGGUGGUGGAGUUUGACAGCCCGGGCAUUCUGUGUCAAAAAGAGGAUUCAGUUUUCCUUAAACUCGUACGCGGAGGGGACGAGUGAGCAUCUGCUUUAGGACUGACUUGAAAAAUCUGCAUUUUAAGAUUUUUAUCAAAAAGAGGAAUUUAAUAAGGCAUAGUUCUACCUGAAUCUGAUGCAUGGCCUUAAAAUACUAUCAUUUACCUGCAGUUUUAAUCAUGUUAUACUGUAAAACUCAGGAAUUUUGUUAUAAACAAUUUGUAAGAAGGAGAUGUAUGCUCUAAUAUAAAAAUGGUGUUUUUACAGAUUU